CGCUUAACGCGACUCAGCCCUGACAUCCUGAAGAGCAAACAUGAGGAAUACUUUAUCAAUUUGUCUGUUUUGCGUGACCGCACUGUCUGCAUCCUCUGCUCAGGUGCUGAAUGGCACGGAGGGAGAGAAAGUCAUUUUCCAAGCUGCAGUGAAAACCAUGGGGACUUUUUCAUUCAACGGUGCUGUCAUAGGAGACGUCACCAAUGGUCAGGGCACGCUUAACCUUGAUAGGAGGUUCACAGGCAGACUGCAGUGGGACAGCAGCACUGGACUCUUCUCCAUCACUGACCUGAAGAAGGAGGAUUCUGGAGAGUACAGAGUGCAGAAUAACGAUGAAGGCCAACCAAAGCUGUCUGUAUACAAGCUGACUGUAUACACCCAAAAUGAAGUUCUCAAAGGGGAAAUCAGAAAACUUGAGGGCAAACUCGGAGAACUCGGAGACCAAGACAGACAUUUCGAAGGCAAACUCGGAGAACUCGGAGGCAAACUCGGAGAACUCGGAGGUGAAAUCGGAGGACUUAAAGGCGGCAUCAUUGCUGUCAGCGUCCUGGUCAUACUCUGUGCUGCAGUAGUGUUUUUAUUCGUAAUUCGCCGUCAGCGUCAGCUGAAAAACGACAUGGAAGAGCUCCUCAGAGACAAAGAAUUGAAAAGAGAUGGUGUCAGAGGGAUUGAGGAUGGAGAGUCUUCAAAAAUGAUGAGACAGGAGGGUGUUAUGGACACAGAAAUGUGAUCCCAGCCAUGGAACCCAGCUGAAGGACUUGUGUCCCCUGAAGAUGCCACUUUGCUCACAGUCAUGAGCUCUCAGUUAGUCCCAGCUUUGAUCCUUCUGUUUUUUUCAGAAUCCACUGAGCUCAAUCCCACUGAGGGUUUGAGUGGGUGAUGUGCUUCUGUGUGUCUAUAAGUUCUGUCCCUCCUUUUCACAUACAGAUAUCUGUGCACAUCUGUGUCUGCGUAGUUUUUUCAGCCAGAGAUUCAUUGUACUGAUCUCCCCUUCAUUAAUGCUGCUAUCAGUGAAGUUGUAGUGUCUCUUUUCAGAAAUUCAGUUUAUUCUAUUUGAAACAACUGCCAAAGCUUCCAUUUACUGAGUAGUCAGGACACCUGUGUAUAUGAUGUUAAUUUUAAAAACAUAUGUGAAGAAUAACAGAAGAAUAACUUGAUCUGAUUUACUGCAUACAGUAAAGCAGGGCUCAUUCUCAGUCCUCAUCAGUUCAUUAAUAUUGUAACACAGAUGUGUGUAUGAGGAGUGAGACUGUAGCCCAGUGCAGGGCUUCCCAAUCCUGCUCUUACUGCCUGUGUGCAGGUUUCCCUUUCAUAUCAGCUCUCUUUCACUGAGCUGUUCAUUGAGCCUUUAACUGGGCAUUUUGUGAGGAUUAAUUAGCAGCAGAAAGAAAUUUAGUAUUGGAAUGUGAACAAGAUGUACACUAGGGUCCAAAAUUAUUGUGACACCUGGGCAUUUUGUGGUUAAGUGUGG